AUGGCUCCCUCUGCAACUGAAACUACUACUCUCCCAGUUCGUGCUGUCGAGACUCCGCAGGUCAAGUUGACGAGUAAUACUGGCCCGUAUAAAGAACUGGCCCCCAUUGGCUACGAGAAGAAGGCCGAAGAGGAAGGAACUGAUGAAUACCAAGCUGCCAAGUACAAGAAUUACCUCCCGAAUUGGGGCAAUGAGAAAUACCCACCACUUGAGAAGUUCGAGCACAGGGACCAUGGCCUAGAUGCCGACACGACCUAUCCUGAGCUCUUAGCCCAAGGAGUUACUAUCAAUGAUCUUACUCCAACAAUUGGGACUGAAGUGACGGGAGUGCAGCUCAGCAAGCUGAGCAAUGCCGGUAAGGAUCAACUGGCCCGAUUCGUCGCUGAGCGUAAGGUUGUGGCUUUCCGGGAUCAGGACUUUGCCGACUUGCCCAUUGGUGAGGCUCUCGACUAUGGCAGGUAUUUUGGACGUCUACAUAUCCACCCAACAUCUGGCGCUCCAGAAGGCUUCCCAGAAGUCCAUCUUGUACAUAGAGGUGCCGGAGACAAGACCGCAGAUUCAUUCUUCCAAACAAGAACAAGUUCUGUGGCGUGGCACUCGGACGUAUCGUAUGAACAACAACCACCAGGAACCACUUUCCUCUACAUUCUCGAUGUACCGGAGACUGGUGGAGAUACUCUCUUUGCGAACCAAGUCGAGGCAUACAAUCGUCUAAGUCCAGGUUUCCAGGAGAGGCUCCAUGGUUUGAAGGCUACCCACUCUGGCAUUGAGCAAGUCAACGCCUCAAGGGGAAAAGGAGGAGCCGUUCGCCGAGAGCCGGUAGUCAGUGAACACCCAAUCAUUAGAACCCAUCCCGUAACAGGAGAAAAGGCCUUAUAUGUCAACCCCCAAUUUACUAGAAGUAUUGUCGGAUAUAAACAAGAAGAGAGCGAUGCUUUACUAAAAUUCUUGUAUGAUCACAUCGCCUACGGAGCGGAUUUCCAAGCACGCGUAAAAUGGGCCGAGAAAACAGUAGUAGUGUGGGACAACCGGGUGACGCUUCACUCGGCGCUUGUGGACUGGAAGAGUGGACAGAGACGACACUUGGCUCGCAUUGCACCGCAAGCAGAGCCACCGACGGAAACCCCUUUCAAGGCAUGA